UGAGACAAUUCUCAUACCAUCCAAUCUCAGUUUCAACUUAAUAUAAUCAUUUUUUUCUUCUUCUUUUUUGUCUGUAUUUCUUAUUUGAUCAGCACCACGCUAGCACAUUAUGGGAAAUUUUAGUUUCUUUUCUGCUCUGCCAUGCAUUCUGUGAUGAGUGUCGUGGAUGAAUGGAACCGAUUCCCAUUCUCCAUCCAAUUAUCUGAAAACAGAGAACCACACCAAAUUUAAGAACCAUUAUGCCUUUCAAUUUAGUCUCAGCAUGGAACAAGCGCCGGAGGUCCAAGUCACAUGACCACACAGACCCUUGGAUUUAUAAACCGGUGGAGUAUUGGCAACUUGAUGAUCAAGCCCCACAACCCCCAAAAAGACACCAUCAUGGUUCAUCAAUUUUCACACUCAAAGAAAUGGAAGAGGCAACAUGUUCAUUCAGCGAAGAGAAUUUGCUCGGAAAAGGAGGAUUUGGUCGUGUAUACCGAGGAACUUUGCGGUCAGGGGAGGUUGUAGCAAUCAAAAAAAUGGAGCUGCCACCUUUUAAAGCAGCCGAGGGGGAACGAGAAUUUCGAGUAGAAGUAGAUAUCUUGAGCAGACUUGAUCACCCAAAUCUGGUUUCUUUGAUAGGCUACUGUGCUGAUGGGAAGCAACGGUUUCUAGUGUAUGAAUAUAUGCAGAAAGGGAACCUACAAGAUCACCUAAAUGGGAUUGGGGAAGGAAAAAUAGAUUGGCCUCAAAGGCUCAAAGUGGCACUUGGAGCGGCAAGGGGCCUAGCAUACCUCCAUUCCAGUUCUGACGUUGGGAUACCUAUUGUUCACAGAGAUUUCAAAUCCACCAACAUUCUUUUAAGUGCCAACUUUGAAGCAAAGGUAUCGGAUUUUGGGCUUGCCAAGAUGAUGCCAGAGGGCCAGGAAAUACAUGUGACUGCUAGAGUACUUGGUACAUUCGGCUAUUUUGAUCCCGAGUAUACAUCGACUGGAAAACUCACUUUACAAAGUGAUGUUUAUGCAUUUGGGGUGGUUCUUCUUGAACUUCUGACUGGACGUCAAGCCGUUGACAUUAACCUGGGACCAAACGAUCAAAACCUAGUGGUACAGGUAAGGCACAUACUGAAUGAUCGGAAGAUU